AUGUCGUUUUCAAGAAUCAGACACAACUUCGCUGUGGAGUGCGAGGCGAUGCUGAACAAGCAGAUCAACAUGGAGCUGCACGCCAGCUACGUCUACCAAUCCAUGGCAAGCUACUUCCACAGAGACGACGUAGCCCUGAAAGGUUUCCAUAAAUUUUUUCAAAAACUUUCACAAGAGGAACGCGAGCACUCGAAUAAAUUGAUGAAAUAUGUUAAUGAGAGGGGAGGAGCCGUUGUUUUGCAUGCCGUAAAUAAAGCGGAGAAAGAUAGCUGGGGGAGUGGUUUGGAGGCGUUGGAGGCCGCCCUUCAGCUCGAAAAAACUGUCUAUCAGAGUUUGCUGGACAUCCACAAGAUGGCCUCCUCCAAUGCCGACCCCCACUUAACGAAUUGGCUGGAGGAUGAUUUCUUGAAUGAGCAAGUGGAGACCAUCUACCAGAUGUCCUCUCACAUCACUAAUCUUAAAAGAGUUGGGACCGGUCUCGGCGAAUACUUAUUCGAUAAAGAGACACUCGAUUCAUGA